AUGACUAAAUUAAAUAACGCUGAAGCUGCGGCUCGUAUGAAUCCAUGCUUGAAGGAGCAAACCCAAUCUUAUGAAUGCUUAAGUAAGAAUGGAUACGAUCAAGAGAAAUGCGAAGCUUACUUCGACAACUAUAACACAUGUAAAAAGUUUUGGGGUCAAGUAUAUAGAGACCGGAGAGCAAAAGGGAUUCACCCAUACUUACCUGACCUAGAAGACAGGGAAAAGAUUAAGAGUGAAUAUAUGAAAAUGACUCAAUGA